UUACGCGCUUUUAAGGCUUUUUCUGACUUCUUUCUGCUCGGAAUACCGCAGCGGACUCACUUGUUGCUAUGUUGAGACUGAUGUUUAAGCUGUUGUGAAGCUUUUUUUUCACCUGCACAGAUGGAUAGAUGGUGAUCACGAUUACAAAUGCAUGCGUUCUGCACUAGAGGUAAUGUGUGCCACAGCGCUUUACCACAGCUGGCACGUCCCACAUUGGGCCGGACCCAGCCCUCCCCGGACCUGAAGCCCCUCCUCCCCUUCCACCUGUUGCCUGGAUUUACUGAUAUGGAUCAUGUCCAUAAAGCUCUGAUUGGCCCAGGCUACGGGCACACUUCACCCCUGAAGAGGAAGACCAGUUCCUGUGGACUCUGUCGACUGAGGUUCAACUCUGAGGCUCAGGCAUCUUCCCAUUAUAGUGGCACCAAACAUGCAAAGAGGAUGAAAGCUUUGGAGUCUCCAGAUUCUAAGAUCAGGACCUCUGAACCUGUCUCCAAGGAAACCACAUUGCAAAUCCUCUCGUCACCAUGUGUACAGCCCUCCAGCUCUGAUACAACAUCAGGUGAACCCUCACCCCCCCUCCCUGUUCCGGAGACAGCACCUUUGAGCAGCAGUCCCAUCGAACCUGUGAAAGCCCCCUGUGACCCCUCACUAUCACCUUGUCUGAGAACAACAGAGAAAGAGGCAAACAGGGAGGGAGAGGUGGAGGGGGCUCCAGAAGAGGAGACAGAGGAGGAGAAAGCUCGACGACUCCUUUACUGUUCCCUGUGCAAAGUGGCUGUCAACUCGGCCUCCCAACUCCAGGCUCACAACAGUGGUACUAAACACAAGACAAUGCUGGAGGCAAGAAGUGGAGACGGAGCCAUAAAGUCAUUCCCGAGGACGGGUGUCAAGGCCAAGUUGGCGGCACCAUUGGAGUCAUCAACUGGACUCCAGAACAAAACCUUCCACUGUGAGAUCUGUGACGUGCAUGUCAACUCUGAAACACAGCUCAAACAGCACAUCAGCAGUAGGAGGCACAAGGACAGAGCUGCAGGUAAACCAGCCAAACCCAAAUUCAGCCCCUAUACUCCCACUCAGCGCCACCACCAGAGCUUCCAAACAAUUCGUCUGGCUUUGAGGAAGAACCAGGACCUGACCAAACCUCUGGCCUCUUGUCUUCUACAGCGUCAAAUCGCAGCCGCCACUGUCGCCAUGGCUACCCUCCCUCCCUUCCCUCUGCGGCCCGCCUCUAAUUCCAGCCCGGCCCUUUUUCAGAGUCAGCCGCCACCCCUCCCUCCGGCCCUGCUGCACCCGGCCCCGGGUCCCAUAUGUUCAACACACACGCCGGUUCUGUUCUCCCCCUACUGACCCACCGGACCAUGUCUCAAUUAGCUCUGGACUGCAGUUUAGGCAGACCUGCGGCCGGAGCACCAUGGGACAGGAAGAACUACAACAAUGUAGGCGGCGGAUGGACAAAAUAAAAACAAAAUAUUUUCUGACAACAGAUUGUGUGUGUGUUUAAGUGUAAGUGAAUGCACAGGUAUAGCCAUCAUGGAGGUGUUAUAUUUCACAGUGUUGUUGCUGCACUGCUGCUCUCUAUGAAUAAAUCAAUUUAUUUUAAUUACAUUAAUUUAAUUUAUAUUGAUUACAGGUUUUAUAGAUGAUAAUUUAACAUCGAUGAAAGCAGCUUAAUUCAGUGUGGUUGUCAUAUCAACCUCUGGUGGCUGUAACUGUGUGUGUUUGCGUGCAGAUGUGCAUAUAAGUAUGGAUGUUAAUCUGAGCAUGCUUGAUUCAAGAUGUCUAUUAUUUUCCCAAUAAACACUAGCUGUGCACAUGCAGUAAGUGCUUGAUGAUCUCUCCAGGUUGAAGUAAAUGGCUCAAAAAUGUGUGUUUUAUUCAAUAAAUAUGUGUGUAAUUGUU